UUUGCUUAAAAUAACCUACGACACGGGAUGAAUUAUACAGUGCGCAUAUAAUCCAAGUGGAAAAAAGAGGCGCCCCGGUCCGCGCCCUCUGGUAGCUUCUAGGUAGCCAGCUGGCUAACGAGCUACUAAAAAACCGCCGAGCCUCUGGGCCGUAUGACGUAAACAAACACCGAUCGGAGGCGAAGGAGGCCGCGCGCGCGCUCCCCCCCCCCUCCCCCGCUGUCAGCUCGCAGCCUGAUUGGUCCAGGCCUGGGAAAGAGAAUUCGAGAAUCCACAAUGUGCAGGCCUCAGGGUCCGUACUGUGGAAAUUUUUAAUAAAACCGCUUGCGACAGGAAAAAGGACAAAAUAAACCCAGGAAGAACCGAAAAAGAGAUACUAAAACAGGUUAUGCUUUUUCCAAAUACAGGAGUAAUUCAAAGUUUGAUGUGUGUUUAGAACUUUGACAUCAAAUGUGAAGGGUCUGAAAUUAUAAAGAUAAUGGACCAGGGUGGAGGGGUGUUGGAGCUACACACACAAGAUCAGAAAAUGCCCCAUACGAUGAUCAUGCAAGAUUUUGUGGCAGGCAUGGGUGGCAUGGCCCACAUCGAUGGUGACCAUAUAGUGGUGUCUGUACCAGAAGCUGUGCUAGUAUCAGAUGUGGUGACAGAUGAAGGCAUCACUUUGGAGCAUGGCCUAGAAGCGGAGGUUGUGGAGGGACCAGAUAUUGGCCACGAGGACGUGGUGACCUCUGAGGAUGUGAUUGUUCCGGAAGUGAUGCUUGGGGCAGAGGUGGCCAUCGAGGAAGCACUUGACACAGAUCACCAUGUGCUGACCACCGACCUGAUCGAGGAGUCGACGCAUGUACCUGACCAGGUUUUUGUGGCUGACCUGAUAUCCCAUCACCAGGAUGGCCACCUGGACCAUGAAAUGGUGUCUGAGGAAGUAAUGGUCACCAACUCGGACUCUGAGACUGUUAUCCAAGCUCAUGAUGGGCUGCCGGCUUCGACAGUCACCAUUGAUACAGGCAACGAUGAGGAUGACAAGAGCACUUCUGAGGACUAUUUAAUGAUCUCCCUGGAUGACGUAGGGGGGAAGCUUGAUAUUGGAAAUGCUCCCCUGAAGAUCAGCACUGAGAUGACGCAGGGCGAUGAUCCCAAAGAGGGUGACUAUGGCUCUGAAGUCAUUAAGGUGUACAUCUUUAAGGCUGAGGCAGAUGAAGAUGUGGAAAUCGGUGGAACAGAAGUCAUUGCUGAUAGUGACUUCCAUAACAGCAGUGCAGUUUUGGAGUCAGGGAGUGUGGGUCGACUGUCUCGAGAAAAGAUGGUCUAUAUGGCUGUGAAGGGCACGGGCCAGGAGGAUGAAGAUAUGAACUGUGCAGAGAUGGCGGAUGAGGUGUAUAUGGAGGUGAUCGUGGGGGAGGAGGAGGCACCUGCAGUUCAGGAGUCUCAGUUAGAUGACCCCGCCGUCAAUAAGACGUUCGUUCCUGUUGCUUGGGCAGCAGCUUACGGUAACAACCUAGAAGCUAGGUUGGAAAAUAAAAAUGGGACAGCCCCCCAGUACCUACAGAUCAGUGAUAGCAUCAGCAGUAGCAGAGCACUCAAACAAAAGAUGAAGAAGAAGAGGAGAGGCGAGACGCGGCAGUGCCAAACUGCUGUGAUUAUUGGCCCUGACGGACAACCCCUCACAGUCUAUCCGUGUCACAUCUGUGGAAAGAAGUUUAAAUCGAGAGGCUUUCUGAAGCGUCACAUGAAGAACCACCCCGACCACAUGUUCAAGAAGAAAUACCAGUGUACAGACUGCGACUUUACUACAAACAAGAAGGUCAGCUUCCAUAACCACAUGGAGAGCCACAAACUGAUCAUCAAGAGCGAGAAGAUACCUGAGUUUACGGAGUACACGCGGCGUUAUUGUGAGGCCAGCCCUCUCAGCUCCAACAAGCUAAUUCUGCGAGACAAGGAGCCCAAACUGCACAAAUGCAAGUAUUGUGACUAUGAGACGGCCGAGCAGGGCCUGCUGAACCGUCAUUUGCUGGCUGUGCACAGCAAGAACUUCGCCCACGUAUGCGUGGAGUGUGCCAAAGGCUUUCGGCAUCCGUCUGAGCUGAAGAAACAUAUGAGGACUCAUACGGGUGAGAAGCCCUACCAGUGCCAGCACUGUGAGUUCCGCUGUGCUGACCAGUCCAACCUAAAGACUCACAUUAAGAGCAAGCAUGGCAAUGACCUCCCGUACAAGUGUGGACAGUGCCCCCAAGCCUUCGCCAAUGACAAGGACCUGCAGAGGCACAAUGAGAUCUUUCAGGGCCACAAAUCCCAUCAAUGUCCGCACUGCGAUCACAAGAGCACCAAUUCCAGCGACCUGAAACGGCACAUCAUCUCUGUGCACACAAAGGACUUUCCGCACAAAUGUGAUGUCUGUGACAAGGGCUUUCACCGGCCCUCCGAGCUCAAGAAGCACGCAGAGACUCACAAGGGCAGCAAAGUGCACCAGUGCCGGCACUGCGACUUCAAGAUCUCCGACCCCUUCACGCUCAGUCGGCACAUCCUCUCAGUGCAUACCAAGGACCUGCCCUUUAAGUGCAAGCGCUGUAAGCGUGGUUUCCGCCACCAGAAUGAACUCAAGAAGCACAUGAAGACACACAGUGGCCGGAAGGUCUACCAGUGCCAGUAUUGCGAGUAUAACACUACGGACGCAUCAGGCUUUAAACGCCACGUUAUAUCAAUUCACACCAAGGACUACCCACACCGAUGUGACUACUGCAAGAAGGGUUUCCGUAGGCCCUCAGAAAAGAAUCAGCACAUAAUGAGGCACCACAAAGACAUGUUACUGUGAUGAUGUGUUGUACAGCUUUUCCUUGUUUCUCAAGAAUCCUCUUUACGUUAUAUAUGAACAGGUAUAAAGUUUAGGGAGUCUGCAGAGGAAAGGUAUUUUCUUGGUAUGUUCAGCUGAAUAAACACUUGUCCGUUUCAGUGCUGGUCUUCUCUGUUUUGAGAAUGGUGGCAUAGGGUCUUUUUAAUCAAUCAAGAGGGUUCAGCAUUAGCAAAGUAGGUGGCAUUUUUGAAAGAGGCAGGUAUUGUCCCCAGCUUUCCACGCUGUUGUUUUCCUUGAUUUGCUGCAUAAGAAAUGUUAAACGUUUCAGGGGUUUGAAAGUCUUUUUAUACCCACUUUUUAUACCCACUUUGGUGAAAUGCUGCAAGAAAAUAAUGUUUUCCUUAUCGGAAGUGGUGCUUAGAAAGUCUCACUGUAUCCUGUGUGAGUUGUCAUUUAAAUUGUAUUUGAGUGUGCUGCUUUGUUAUCCUCAGUAAAUAUAUAUUUUUUUACAAACCAGUAAGUCUGUGUUCACCAGCUUCUGCUUAAUUCCCCCCAGUCAGUGAUGUUAAUAUGUUGUUAAUAUUUGGCAGCCCAUUUGUGUUUGUGGAGAAAAAAAUUGCUUCAAAAAUGUUUACAUACAUAUGCACCUUGACGUAAUUUAGAUUAUAAAACAAAUUGCCAGAUUUUAGCAAGCUUUUGUUAUGUAUAUCUCUGAACUUUAGAUUGUGUCAAAUUGUAUUCUCUGAUUUGUUAAAGUUUCCCAACAUACUGAAUUAGUCUUGUGUUUGUUAACAUUCAUAAAGUUUACUAGUGUUUUUUUUAACCUUGUAAAUGCCACGAUAAUGCUGUAAAUAUUAUUAAAUGUAACUGACCUGAAUAAGCAAGCACACAUAGCCAACCAUUUUAAGAUUCAGUUUAAAAAAAGCAAAACCAUGCCUUACAUCAUUGCCUGUUGUAAUUUUCAUGCACUGUAUUUAGUAAACUAUAAUCAACAAUUUAAUUUCAAAAA